AUCCAGCCCACUUUUUCCACCCAGUUCAAAUGUGCGCCCUGCACUGGAAUUUGGACAAAGGGAGUCAGACUGCGAGUUAAAUUGUAACCACUGAGACACUUCGACAGCUACGGGGGAAUUACUAAACGAAGGCACAAUGACUGAACUCAAGUACCUGAGCGGUUUCGGGAACGAGUUCUCUUCUGAAGACCCUCGCUGUCCCGGAUCUUUACCCGAGGGACAGAACAAUCCUCAGCUGUGUCCAUACGGCCUCUAUGCUGAGCAGCUCUCCGGCUCUGCCUUCACCUGCCCUCGGCCAGCCAACAAGAGGAGCUGGUUGUACCGCAUCUUGCCGUCUGUCAAGCAUAAGCCUUUUGCUGCGGUGCCCUGCGGGAACCUAACAGAGGACUGGAAUGAGGUGGAACCCGACCCGAACCAGCUGCGAUGGCUGCCAUUUAUCAUUCCCAAAUCCGCAGAGAAGAAAGUGGACUUUGUGGCUGGCCUGCAAACUGUCUGCGGUGCCGGAGAUGCCAAAUCCCGCGAUGGCAUUGGCAUCCACGUGUACACCUGCAACACCUCCAUGGUUAACAGGUGCUUCAACAACUCAGAUGGAGACUUUAUGAUUGUCCCCCAACAGGGUGAGAUCUUGAUCACCACAGAGUUUGGGAAGAUAAUGGUCGAGCCAAACGAAAUCGUUGUCAUCCAGCAAGGGAUGCGCUUCAGUGUGGAUGUGUUUGGAGAAACCCGAGGCUACAUACUGGAGGUGUAUGGAGCCCAUUUUGAACUCCCUGACCUGGGACCCAUAGGAGCCAACGGUUUGGCCAACCCAAGAGAUUUCCUCUGUCCAGUCGCCUGGUACGAGGAUCGUAAAGUGGCCGCGGGCUACAGCGUCAUCAACAAGUACCAAGGAAAGCUCUUCGCCUGCCAACAGGAUUUCUCUCCGUUCAAUGUGGUGGCCUGGCACGGGAACUACACGCCGUACAAAUACAACCUGAAGAACUUCAUGGUCAUCAACAGCGUGGCCUUCGACCAUGCGGAUCCAUCUAUCUUUACUGUGCUGACUGCCAAAUCCACACGACCAGGUGUGGCGAUUGCUGACUUUGUCAUCUUCCCCCCACGGUGGGGUGUGGCUGACCACACCUUCCGUCCACCAUACUAUCACCGUAACUGCAUGAGUGAAUUCAUGGGUCUGAUCGAAGGCCACUACGAGGCUAAAGCGGAGGGCUUCCAGCCGGGAGGGGCCAGUCUGCACAGCAUGAUGACCCCACACGGGCCGGACACAGAAUGCUUUGAAAAGAACAGCAGUGCUGAGCUCAAACCCGAAAGGGUGGCUGAGGGAACCAUGGCUUUCAUGUUCGAGUCCUCCUUCAGUAUGGCGGUGACCAAGUGGGGUCUACAAACGUGCCAGAGGAUCGACAAGAGCUACCAUCACUGUUGGGAGUCUCUCCGCAGCCACUUUGACCCCAACUGGAAGCCCAGCAAACAGCAGUAGAACAAAGUGACUG